ACUCCUUAGGUGGUGUGAGUGUUUUGGUGCCACAGCAGAGAAUGAUUCUGGGUUCUCUCUGGGGGUUUCUGCAGGGCCCCUUGUCGUGUCCUUUUUCUUGGAGCCAAGAUUUAGCUUCUGGGAGCUGUCGUCAUGCAGUGCCCUAAAUUCAGUACCUGGCCUGUUUGCUGGGCCAGAUGGUGUCUCAUCAGCUGCAGUUGGGGCUGUGGGACGCAUGCGGCAAGGGACUGUGAGGGCUCUGGUCCAGCUCAGUCACAGCCAGGCGUCUGCUGCGGGGCUGGCCCCACCAGGCCCCUGCUUCUCCCACCCUCCCACUUCUGCUAUGAAGGGAGCUGGCAGGUUUGGGGCCAGAAGGAAGCCAGUGGCUCUGCUGACCUGGACUGGUGCCUGAGCUGGGUGUCAGGCCCAGCAGUUCUCAUGCAGGCCUUGGGCAGGCUGCCCAGGUGGGGCAGGCAACUCCACCUUGCCAAGGGGCUGUGCUCCCUCCUGGUUCCGGAAGUGGCAGGAAGGCUCUUCUGUCCUCUGAGGUCGGACCCGCAGCUGCUUGCCCGGUUCUACUACGCCGACGAGGAGCUGAACCAGGUGGCCGCGGAGCUGGACAGCCUGGACGGGCGGAAGGACCCCCAGCGGUGCACACUGCUGGUCAGCCAGUUCCGCUCCUGCCAGGACAACGUACUGAACAUCAUUAACCAGAUCAUGGAUGAGUGCAUCCCCCAGGACCGUGCCCCGAGGGAUUUCUGCGUCAAGUUCCCUGAGGAGAUCCGGCACGACAACCUGGCCGGCCAGCUGUGGUUCGGAGCCGAGUGCCUGGCCGCCGGCUCCAUCAUCAUGAACCGGGAGCUGGAGAGCAUGGCCAUGCGCCCGCUGGCCAAGGAGCUGACGCGCAGCCUGGAGGACGUGCGGGGCGCGCUCCGCGACCAGGCGCUGCGGGACUUGAACACCUACACGGAGAAGAUGCGGGAGGCGCUGAGGCACUUCGACGUCCUGUUCGCCGAGUUCGAGCUGAGCUACGUCUCGGCCAUGGUGCCCGUGAAGUCUCCCAGAGAGUACUAUGUGCAGCAGGAGGUCAUCGUGCUCUUCUGCGAGACAGUGGAGAGGGCACUGGACUUCGGGUACCUGACCCAGGACAUGAUUGAUGACUACGAGCCGGCCCUCAUGUUCAGCAUCCCCAGGCUGGCCAUCGUGUGUGGCCUCGUGGUCUACGCGGAUGGCCCCCUGAACCUGGACCGCAAGGUGGAAGACAUGUCCGAGCUGUUCCGGCCCUUUCACACGCUACUGCGGAAAAUAAGGGAUUUGCUCCAGACACUGACGGAGGAGGAGCUCCACACGCUGGAACGGAACCUCUGCAUUUCCCAAGACGUGGAGUUUCCCAUCCGCGCUGACGUGCCAGGGCCCACUGCCCUGGCACCUGCCCUCUCUGCUCCUCUCCCUCCCGAGGGGCCACUCUCAGCCAAGGCCAAAGACCCAGAUGCAGAGCUGGCCUGCUCCAUGCAGUACGACGACCAGGAGCUGGAACAGCUCAGCCGCAUGGUCCACAGGGCAGGGGACGAGAUGUCCUCUCUGCUGUCACCACCCAGUGCCUGCCAGUCCCCCGCACACAGGCCGGGACCCGAGGGCAGCCCGGGCGGGGAGGCCUCUCCAGGCAGAGUGCGCCUGCAGUCGGGCAGUGAUGAGGAGGAUCGCAUGUUCUUCAUGGAUGAUGUGGAGGGGUCGGCAGAAGCCCCGGCCAGGCCCAAGUCCCCAGGUGGCCGAUUUGGGUGGGCCAGCAGUGCCCAGGCCGACCCCCAGGAGAAAGGGCAGGGUGGUCCGGGCGGCGCAGUGGGGGUGGACGUUCCUGCCUCGGAAAAGGAGCAGGACCUGAGCAACAACAACCACCCCGAGGCCCAGGGUGCGGGCAAGGCCAGCCUUGCGGGCUCCAGCUCCUGCAGCUGCCUGGACUCGCGGGUGCACCUGGACGGCUGGGAGGUGGGUGCCGAAGAUGCGGAGACGGCAGAGAUGAUCGCCCACCGGACAGGGGGCAUGAAGCUCUCUGCCACGGUCAUCUUCAACCCCAAGUCGCCCACCUCCUCGGACUCUGCCGUCGCCACCCAGGAGACUGCCUCGGAGCCUGUGGCCGAGGGGGAUGGCGGCCCCCACAAGCUCAGCGCCGCAGCCACCAACUGCCUGCUGCACUCCUGCGUGUGCUGUGGGAGCUGCGGGGACAGCAGGGAGGACGUGGUGGAGCGUCUGCAGGAGAAGUGCAGCCCGGGAGGCGUCAUUGGUGCCUCAUAUGCUGCCAGCUUAGCCAAGGCCAGCGACGGGGCCACUGAGAGACAGGGGGAGGCGCCCCCACCCGCAGAAGAUGUCUUCGACGGGCAGGAGCCCAAAGCCCCCACUUCCAACAAGUGCCUGCCUCCCACCUCAGGUUCCCAAGUGGACACAGCAAAUGGGCCGCAAGGAGAGGCCAGGGCUGCAGGUCAGCUGGAGCCGGAGGCCAGAGAACCGGAUGCCAGCAGCCCCUCGGCCCAGGAGGUGCCUCAGCCCCUGUCGGGCUCCAGCCUGUGCACGUGAUAAAUCACACUGACUAAUGUUCAGCCGUUCGGCCAGCCUGGCAGUCCUGGGGUCAACUGGACAUGGUCAUGAGGUAUUAUCCCUUGGACAUACCAUUGGCUUUGAUUGGCUACAUUUCAGGAGGAUUUUGUGUCGGUCUGAGAGGACUGGCUGUCGGGUGGCUGUCUUCUCGUCAUGCCUUUCUCUGGUGCAGGAUCAUGGCUGUCUGGGAUGAGCUGGGGAGCGUCCACCUCUUCAGGUUUCUGGAAGAGCUUGUGUAGAACCGGCAUUAUUUCUGCCUGCAAUGUGAGAUAGACUUCACCAGGGAAGCCAUCUGGGCCUGGAGUUUUCCUUGCGGGAAGAUUUUUAACUGUAAAAUCGAUGUGUUUUCUAGCAGACUGUCUGUUGAGUUAUCGUCUUGUUCCAUGAGUGGAGUUUCUUUGCUGUACCAUCGAGUGAUGUGUCGUUCCUGCUCCCCCAGAAUGGCAGCCCCCCUACACCUGCCGAUGCCCACCCCACACGCCUGGCAGAGGACAUGAACCCUGACCUCCCCUCCAAGGUAGUGACUUGUUAUCAGGCCCUGGGUAACCUGACCUAACACAGCCCUGCCCCUGCAAUUGGCUUCCCUUGUCCCUGCAAAACCAGGGAAACUGCUUCUACACCCCUCGUGCCCUGCUGCCUUCUGUCCCUGUCUGCCCUUCGGGCCAGUGUUGCCCUAGGCUGUGGCCUCCCUCCCUGUCCCUUUGGCAUGGAGCCACUAUCAGUCAGUCACAUGGCUGCCCUGACGAAGCUGUCGGGAGCUUUGCCGGCCUGGCCUCCUGGAGUCCCUCAGCCGCCUCCCAGGCAGGCAUCUCCAUGUCUGUGGCAUUGCUGUUGGCUUCAUGGCUGGGGCCACCCUUCCAACCCAGCUCUCCAGCCACCUGCAGGACCCAUCGCAGGGUUCAGCCUGUACCUCUCAGGCUCUGUAGCAUGGCAUCCUCCCAGUCCCCCAUGGUGCGUCCCAGAGCACCUGGGAUUGGGGGACAUGCUGGCUGUAGGCCAAGUGAGAAGAGGUGGCACUGAGGGCUGGAUGGCAGCAAGGCCUGGGAGGAUGUGCCAGAGCCCAGCCCACUGGGGCACUCACGUCCCUGACUCUCCCUGCAGGUCCUGCCCUGCAGUCCAGCCCCUCCACUCCCCACCCCAGCUCCUUGGCCCAGUGCAGCCCCACUGACUAGCAGGUGGCUGUCCAGCCUCAGCCUCAGCCUCCUAGGGCACAGACGCUGGGGCCCACCCAGGCAGGUGGUAUCCUCUGCCAGGCAUGAGGGAGGUGUAGGGGGCUGCCAUUCUGGGGGCCUCCAGGAGAAGAAGCCGGACAGAGUCCAGGCCUGUAGAGCUGUCCCUUGAGGUGUGGCUCUCAGCUCCUGCUCUCCCCACCCCAGGGCCCCCAGCUCUGUCCCUCAGGACAGUUCUCAGUGAGGUAUACAGCAGUUUCUGAGGCGAGGGGCAGUGGGACUCCAGGCCACUUCUGGCACUACUGCCUGCUCCUGGCAGCCUGAGGGAGCCACAGUCACGGGUGGGAGUGGGGCUUUGGCUGGAGUGGAGCCCACUCAUUAAGCAUCAGCACUCCUCCCCUGACCUGCAACCUGAGGAGGUGAGAAGGUGCCAGCCUCCCGCUCCCCAUGGCUCCGGGACGCGUCCUCCAGGGGUUGUUCUCCACUCCGUGGGACCAGGAAGGUUCCAGGGGAACAGCCCCCUUGGAAGCAAACAUCCCUUCCCACCUUCACGGAGGCAAAAGCAAGAGGAAGCGGGUUUCGACCACGUGCGGCAUGACAGCCAGGAGCCCAUGAUGCAUCCUCAGCUGCCUUCACUCACCGCCUUGAGACUCGCCAGCUGUGGGGGCUUCUGUUCGGAGAGGUUUUUAAAGCAGCGGAAGCUCAGAAAACGCCUGCGAGGUGUGAGACUCGAAGGGUGGCAGGAACCGUCCGCUGGUGCGCCAGGAGGCAGGCGCCUCUCUCAUCUGCAUUUCCUGAUUUUUAGGGUGCAUGUGUAUUGCUUCCGUAAUGACGAAGAAAAAUAGAAAGAACAGCUUCCCAGACCAUAACAACAGUGGGCUCUUUUCUUUUUUUUUCCUUUUUCCUUUUUUUGAGACAGUCUUGUUCUGUCACCAGGCGCCAGGCUAGAGUGCAGUGGUGUGGUCUUCGCUCACUGCAACCUCUGCCUCCCAGGUUCAAGCAAUUCUCCUGCCUCAGCCUCCCAGAGUAGCUGGGACUACAGGCUCGUGCCACCACACCCAGAUAAUUUUUGUAUUUUAGUCAAGACAGGGUUUCACUAUGUUGGCCAGGAUGGUCUCGAUCUCAUGACUUUGUGAUCCGCCCACCUUGGCCUCCCAAAGUGCUGGGAUUACAAGCGUGAGCCACCAUGCCUGGCUAGUGGGAUCUUUUCAAGAGCUGGGCCGUGUCUAGGCCUGUGUCCCCAGAGCCCAGAUCUUGGCCAGGUAGGGCCAGCCCUCGUCCACACCCCUUCCCAUGACUACCUGGCUUGUGCUUGGACUUAAUGGGGGCAGCAAAGGGCCAGGUGAGCCCCCUAAGGUGAUGCCUGGCCCUGGUCCAGCCUCUGCCCCGAGGCAGGAGAGGGGUGAGGCCUGGAGGAACUGACUUCUUGAAGGGCCUGGGGAGCCGUGGGCAUAAGCAGCUGCUCUGGGGCCAGGGGACAGGUGUGGUCCUGCCCAGCUCUGCUGCACCCGCCCCCAUGGCCCUGGCUUUUGGAGACAUCUCCUGGGGCUGACAGUGUUGCAUCCUCAUGAGAGGACAGAGCUGGAGAGGCCGACAGACAGGACCCGCCCAGGUAGAAUGGACCCAUGGGUGGGUCACCAUGGCAACUGGGAAAGUGGCUCCUGGGGCCUGCCUGUCUCACCAGGCACCACUGCACCUGAUCCCCUGAAGCCCCAUCUGUAGCUGAGGAGACCUCACCUCCUCCGAGAGGAGCAGGCAGGCUUGCGGUCACACACCUUCCAGGAGGGAUGGGCCUGGGAGCUGCCGGGCCGUCCCCAUAUGGGCUGCUCUCUCUGGGCUCCAGGUUGCCAGCAUGGGCGGCCUUAGCAGUCAUGCACAUGGGUCCCCCACGGCACAGCCUGCGCCAGUGACUGGGGCAUGGCUCUGACAAGGCCUGUGUUCGAGCUGCUGGUUGAGGCCUGGCCGACGGUCAGUUGUUGGCAGGGCUGGCAUCCUAGAGGACAGCAGCUCCCUGGGCCUGUCCACUGUCCGUCUGUGUCUCUCCUCCCCAUUAAGCCUCUGCAGAGCACCGCUGAGGUGAGGAGGGCUGACCACAGCCUGGCUGGCCCCCAUGGGUGGUGAGGAUCUGAGUGCUCAGGGGAACUCAGGCUCACCAAGUUCCUCGACACCACCGUGAUGACUGACCAGAGAUGUCUCCCAGAAAUCCUGAGCCCCACGUCCACAAGUGUCCUGGGCCAUGAGGCAGAGCCCCACAGUCUGUGGUCAGCUGUGUCACCGUGGGACCCUGGGCAUCACCACUGCUGCCAUCUGGGCAGGGAACUUAACCUCUCAGCACCUCAGUUUAUUUCUCUGUAAAAAUGGGAAGGUGGGGCCAGGUGCUGUGGCUCACAUCUGUAAUCCCAUUGCCUU